AUGGCGCACCUCGGUUCUGAUGGCGGUUCUGUUGGAAGUUCUGAACGGACUGUUUCUGAGGCUGCGCUUGUGGCACCCCUGCAGUCCGGGGUGUCGUUUUCUUCGGCUCAUCACUUCGUUUCCAUCAAAUUGACAUCCCGAUUAUUGGGUUUUGUCGAUGGAACGUCUGUGUGUCCCCCGUUUACUGCGAUUACGGUACCUUCUGCCGAGGAGGCUGCUGCUGCCGUGUCUUUGUCGGCCGUAUCGUCCGCCGCUCGAAGUGCAUGGCUUCGUCAAGAUAAGGUCGUGCUCUCCUUGUUGAUCUCGUCCUUGUCCGACGAGAUGAUGCAUCUUGCCAUCGGUAAAACCUCCUCUCGGCAUUUGUGGGUGGCGAUCGAACAGGUUCUUGGUUCGACGACUCGGGCCCGUGCUCUUCGGUUGGUGGGCGAACUGCAAGGAUUGCGGCAGGGGGAUGCUUCGAUCCCGGAUUAUCUUGGGCGUGCUCAGGUGCUUAUUGAGGAUUUGGCACUUGCCAGCCGUCCGGUGACACUCGAAGAUCAGAAUAUGUAUAUAUUCCGAGGCUUGCGGUCCGAAUAUCGCCCUUUGGUGGCGUCGCUGACGAGGGGUGCUCCGGUGUCUUUACCCGAGUUAUCCGAUUUUCUUGUUUCGCAGGCCUUUAUAUGUGCUGAUGAUGGUGGUGACGUUGCUGCUGCUCCGGUCGCCAUGGCGGCUCAGCGAGGUGGAGGUCGCUCGGGCGGGCAGCAGCGUGGCGGCGGCAAUCGAGGCCGAGGUCGUGGCAAGGGCCGAGGCCGCGGUCGAGGUGGCGCCGGGGCUGUCCAGUGCCAGAUCUGCUCCGGCGAAGGCCACUCGGCCGCUUCGUGCUAUCGUCGUUAUGAUGGCGCUCUGGGGUCGCGGGCACAUGUUGCAUAUUCUGUUGAUGAUUCGGCUUCGGUUAAUCCUCAACAGUGGUUUCCUGACACUGGUGCGUCGAAUCAUGCCACUCUGGAUCCGUCUUUAAUGUCCUCGGCGGUUCCUUAUAAUGGUCCGGAUCAUCUUCGUGUUGGUGACGGUAAGUGUUUACCUAUUGUUAGUACUGGUUCAUCUUCGUUAGCCGCAUCUAAAACACUGUUUCGAUUGUCUGAUGUUCUUCAUGUUCCUGGGCUUUCUGCGUCUUUAUUGUCUGUGCAACGGAUCGUUCAACCAGGGAAGUUCUAUAUAAAUGGCCGGCUUCGGGGGGUCUCUAUUCUUGGCCUGUCUCUCGUUCAAGUCCCGCUGCGUUUGUGGCCUCUCGAGUCUCCUCUGACGUGUGGCAUAGCCGGUUGGGUCUCUAGCUCUCGCCCGAUUGAGCCAUGGGGUGUUGGCGCCAUUCAGGUUGGCGCGAGCUCCGGUGUUUGUUCUACUGGGCCGGAUCCUCGUCUGGAGAUGGACACGGAUUCCGGGGCUGCUGGUAAUGCUUCUGAUUCCCGCACCGAGACUGUCGUGGCUCCAGAUGUGGCAAUAUCGGGUGCUCCUAAGGCGCCCAAGCGAAGUCGGCGCACGGUAAAACCGGUUCCACCUCGGUCUCAUGUUAUGGCGACUCGUUCUUUGGGGCCGACGCAGCAUGUGGCUCUUAUGACUGUUUCUGAGCCGACCUGUUAUUCUCAGGCAGUUCGGACGAAGCGCAAGGCUGAUGGCACGAUUGAGCUGCACAAGGCUCGGUUGGUGGCUAAGGGGUUCAAUCAAGUCGCAGGACAGGACUUUUUUGAGACCUUCAGUCCUGUUGUAAAACCCACAACCGUGCGGCUUCUUCUCUCCUUGGCUGUCUCUCGCGGUUGGGUAAUUCGGCAGUUGGAUGUUCACAACGCCAUUUUGAAUGGUAAUCUUGCAGAGACAGUCUACAUGCGACAGCCGCCUGGCUAUGAGGACUCGUCACGACCGGAUGAUGUAUGCUUAUUACAGAGGUUACAUGCUUUCUUGGUGUCGGUUGGUUUUUCACCUUCAAAGACUGAUGUCUCUUUAUUCAUAUACACUCGUGACUCUGUAUCUUUAUAUGUGCUUGUUUAUGUGGAUGAUAUCCUUGUUAUGGGAUCUGAUGCUUCGCGUGUUACUCGGCUUCUGACUGACUUAGCCUUGGAGUUCAAGAUUCGUGACAUGGGUGCUCCGUCCUUUUUUCUGGGCAUUGAGACGGUCUCUCGUGGUGAUGGUUUGUUUCUUUCUCAGCAGCGAUACAUGCGAGAUAUCUUGAGCCGUGCAGGUAUGGUGGACUGCAAGCCGUUGGCUACUCCGGUGCCUGUGACUCGACCCGUUUCUGAAUCGGUGGUUCCUUAUGCCGAUCCCACGCAGUAUCGCAGUCUUGCUGGGGCUCUGCAGUAUCUUACUGUCACUCGCCCGGAUUUAUCUUUUGCUGUGAAUCGGGUCUGUCAGCAUAUGCACUCCCUGACUACUGAGCAUUGGGCAAUGCUCAAACGUGUUCUGCGGUACGUUAAAGGCACUUUGCAUUUUGGUCUGUUUAUUCGCCCAUCCUCCUCUGUUGCAGUGCAUGCUUUUUCGGAUUCGGACUGGGCUGGGGACCCCGCUGACAGAAAGUCUACUAGUGGCUCUGCGGUUUUUCUUGGUGACAAUCUGAUCUCUUGGUCUUGCCGGAAGCAACGUACGGUUGCUCGUUCGUCUACAGAGGCCGAGUACAAGGCACUAGCUGACGUGUCUGCUGAGGUUACCUGGUUGGUUUCUCUAUUGCAUGAACUUCGAUUGUCGUUGGCAACUCCUCCCACUCUCUGUGGCAAAGAAAGAGUUGCAGGUUAG